AUGCCUCAACGAUCAUUCUCCCUCCAGCUGCAGUCUGUCUGGGACCGUCUGAGACGUCGUCGAGAUACCCAAAGGCCUCGUCGUUAUGCCGAUGUUGCAGCGGCUCAACGCCGAUCACAAGCUCGGGAUAGUCGUUUCCAUGCAGGCGAGCUUAUGUUCUUCGGACAGCCCCUGGAUGAAAGUCGCAUCGGUGAUCAGCCGGUUGUUCACACGCCACAUGUCUCAUCCCAUACAGGAGGCCCUUCGGACCAAGCUUUGAUCGACCGCUCCAUUAAUCGCUCCACCACCCUUGGCUUUCCACCACCGAAGGCAGUCAAGAUUCCGGUUAUUAAUCGUGCUACAUCCCAGCCUGACGCCCCCGACGAGGGAGAAGAAGUCGGUAGUCAGGUCUGGUGCAUACCUGGCGAUGAAUCGUACCCCCAAAUCUAUACUCAGGGUCGUUUGCUCGACAACGAGCUGUUUCGACACGGUUUCGUUGGUCACGAGGAUGGAAUCAACCUUCCUCUCAUGCUCACUGCCCUCUCUUUUGCAUUUGAUCACAACAUGGGCUUCGAGAUUGACAAUUUGAAAGCCACCAUCAACCGCUACAUCAUCGCUCGGAUGUUUUAUCACAACCCUCACUCCAAGUUCUUUUCUCUCGGUAAGGAAUACUCCGAGUUCCGCUCUGAGGAGAUCUACCGAGCUUGGGUUACCGUGACCAACGACCAACGACUCCAGGAAGCCCUUACCCCAGACGACCUCAUCCUGCUGUACCUUUGCAUGGUGCAGUACAAGUGGUGGCGCGAUCUGAUUCGUGGCUACGAAUACCAGUUCAACUCAAAUCUCCUACAGGAAUACGAGAAUUUCAAAGGGGACCUCCGGGGUAAUUUUGAAGAGGCUUUCUGGUUAUUUUAUUCCCGAACAUGUUUUGGAAGUCAUCCCUGGAUGGACGAUAUUACAGAAUCAUGUUUGCCUGAAGAUACCAGCGAAAGAGGCCGACACUCCCCCACAGCCGGACCCUACUCGAUCCUCCAGCCUCCCGUUGGAAACCCGGACAACUCGGGUAACACUGAGCGCCACCUCCGCCAUGUUCGCCGAGAGACUUCCGUUAUCCCUGAGGCCGACGACUUGAUCGACUUGAUCGAGCUGUAUAAAUAG